AGCGACGUUCUAUGUGAGUCUUGCCCACACCCAGUUUGAUCUGGUCAAGAUACUGUUUAAUCACGGUUCCGAGAUCGGCUGCCACACAAUCGACCAUGUAAAACUGCCUCGGGCCAACAGCUCAUAUGCUGAGAAGGAAAUUACGAAACAGAUCGCGUACUUUAAGAAUAAGAUGAAGCAGAAAACAAAUCACAAGAAGUUGGUGGAUGAAAUCCAUGGCUUCAGGGCGCCAUACCUUCAUGUGGCUGGAGACCUGCAGUUCGACGUCCUAAGAAAAAGUGGCUACGUCUAUGACUCGUCUAUACUCAACAACCGGAUAUGGAGAAACAAACAGCCCAUCUGGCCGUACACUCUGGACUAUCCUGUGUCCAGCAAAGAGUGCUGGAACCCACCAUGCAACACCAAGCCCUACCCUCAAUUCUGGGAGAUCCCGCUCAACGCGCUGCGGGACGCCAGGGGAUCUGCCUGUAGCAUGCUGGAUGACUGUCUCGUCCGUAAGGACAAUAAGAGGAACACAGCCGAGGACUGGUUCAUGUUGUUGAAGAACAACUUCUACGACUACUUCUACGAGUAUAGAAUCCCGAUGCCUCUGUACACGCACGCCGCGCUGUUUGAUCGUGACAGCAGCGCCUACGACGGUUUGGUCCUCUUCUUGAAAUACGUGCUGGAGAAAAAGAAUGUCUGGAUGAUCCAGCAAAAACAGCUGAUUCAGUAUUUGCGGCGUCCGAUCUCCAACAAUCAGAUGAAGAAGGAGUAUUUCGCGUGCCAUGAAAGAGACAGCUCAAAAUGAAAAGAAGACAUUCACAAACAUUAAAGCUUAGUACUGGUCAAGAGACAAUGGGGGUUGACAGGUUGAAGGGAAAAUAUCUUGUGACUAUAGAUACUGAUACCGUUCUGAUUCUACAUUAAAUUUUAUUAUUUAUGUAUGUACGAUUAGGUUAUGUCCCUUUUUUGUUCGAUCCAGGUGCAUAACACAAGUGGGCCUCAAAACAUGUCGGUCUGUCUCGUGACUGCGCACACCUCACAAAUGUUUUGGAAAGAAGUUAUCUUUUGGGUGGUUUUUAAACAGACUAGAUACUUGAACCUAGUAGAAAAUAUUCUUCAUGUUGUACCGCUCUUUAAAGAUGACACAAAAUG